AGAAGGCUUGUGGUGAGGGAGUUCACCACAACAACCCUGUGAGGGAAAAGUGUGACCCUGCACUGGGCCGUCGAGGGGGGACUGGCGUGGAGGCUCAGCAGCUGCUCUUCUGAAGAGGAAGAGGAGGAGGGUUGGGGGUCUUCACACUCCCAACCAGGGGGUCUGAAACUGAAGAGGAAAACGCGGGGGCUGCUGGUCUAUGAAGCAGAAAACAACUUCUUCACUGGGGUGAGAAGCUGUGUCUGUGAAGAAAGAGGAAAGGGAAUGAAGACAGAAGGCCGAGCAGGUGGCAGAAGAGCCUCACAAUAAAGCUUCCUCUCUGAGCGGCUGUCAUCCCUGCUGCUGAGCCGUGAGGUGGCCCCAUCUGCUUCCCUUCCCGCCCCAGGCUGCCUCUCCUGCCCACAGCCUGCACCGCCAUGGGUGAGGAACUGCUGAGCUCUCUGGAUCCUUACGAGUCACUGGAUGAUUAUUCUGAGUCAAACAGUACGAGUGCCAGCGAUUAUCCGAGUAACUACCUGCCGCCCUCCCCAUGCUCGCUGCGGGGCGUCAGGCAGUUCUCCCGCGCGUUCGUGCCCGUGGCCUACUCGCUGGUGUGCGCCUUCGGCCUCCUGGGCAACGUGCUGGUGGUGCUCACCUUCGCCUUUUACAAGAAGGCCAAGUCCAUGACGGACAUCUACCUCCUGAACAUGGCCAUCGCGGAUGCCCUCUUCGUCCUCACGCUUCCCUUCUGGGCAGUCAGCCACGCCGCCGGCGCGUGGGUUUUCAGCAACGCGCUGUGCAAGCUGCUGAAGGGGAUCUACGCCGUCAACUUCCACUGCGGCAUGCUGCUGCUGGCCUGCAUCAGCCUGGACCGCUACGUGGCCAUCGUGCAGGCCACCAGCUCCUUCCGCCUCCGGGCCUGGACCCUGACGCACAGCCGGAGAAUCUGCUCCGUGGUGUGGGCGCUGUCACUCCUCAUCUCCACCUCGACCUUCGCCCUCAACCGGAAGUACAAAAUCCAGGGCCAGCAGGUGUGCGAAGCCAAGUACCCGUCCUUCUCGGAGCCCAUCACGUGGAAGCUGCUGGGGCUGGGGCUCGAGCUGCUCUUCGGCUUCUUCGUCCCCUUCGUGUCCAUGCUGUUCUGCUACGCGCUCAUCGUCAGGACCUUGCUGCAGGCUCAGAACGCAAAGCGGCACCGCGCCAUCCGCGUGGUCAUAGCCGUGGUGCUGGUGUUCCUCGUGUGCCAGAUUCCUCACAACGCCGUCCUGCUGGUGACCGCCGCUCACCUGGGCAGCAUGGACAGAGUGUGCCACAGCGAGAGGCUCCUGGGCUACGUCAGGACCGUCACCGAGGUCCUGGCCUUCCUCCACUGCUGCCUCAACCCCGUGCUCUAUGCCUUCGUCGGCCAGAGGUUUCGGAGCUACUUCCUGAAGAUCAUGAAGGACGCGUGGUGUGUGCGGAGGAGGGCCGCAUCGCGCCUCUCCUGCGCCCGCAUCCACUCGGAGAGCUGCGCCUCCAGGCAGACCAGCGAGGCCGUGGACGACAACGCCUCAUCCUUUACUAUGUGAGCCCGGAGAGUCACGCGGUACCCUGCAGCACCUAUGGAACUUAUCAAUAGGUGUCUGGUGGGAGGAGCGGGGGGAAGAAAAGAAAAGACAUGGCCCAAGAUGCACAGGAGUUCUGGAAAUUAAGCAUAACCCGCCUGGGCCUCCCUGUGCUAGUGUGCUUGGUGAGAAGUGUUGUGGUCCCGGAGACUCAUGGGCCUUUGUCCCACAAAACAGGACCUGGGAAAGGUGCAGUUCAUGUGAAUUACAUAUGAAUUUAAACAUUUUCUGAAAAUAUUUACAAAGAGAUUGCACAGAGACCCACGCGUGAUGGCUCCCACCUGCAAUCUUAGUGACUUAAGAGGCUGAGGUUGAGAGCAUCCAAGUGUGAGGACGGCCUCGCAAGAAAACUUCCCCAAGAUCUCAGCCCGAC